CUGAUCUUGAUGACUCUUUUUGUUUUUUUCGUUGCAAGCUCUUCCAUAUCGUACUAUUGCCUAUUUUUGUCGAUCGCACUGUCAUGCGUUAUUAAUCAAUCUUUAAAAUUCAGUUGCUGCAGCGUCCAAACUUUAAAAGUGUAAAUUGCAAAGCUUUAUGUAGGGAGGGAGGAAGAAAAAAUAUAUCAUUUGAGACGUCUCAUCGAGCGCAAAAACACGUGCGUCUGACAUAUUUCUUAUUUUUUUCUCUACCAUCUCGUGUCCACGAAUAAACGUGACCAGCAGGUCUUUUCUAUAUCGGCACAUGUUUGCGUGCCCCCGACAGUCUUUUCAAUUCAUUAAACUUUUUCCCAAACAUCGAAAUUUCCUAUAACACCCGAACUUGAGACUCGCGCUUUUUUCUCUCUCUUGAGGAUCUAUAAAUACCCGGCCGGUGUUUACACCCGCCAGCCAAAUCGGCGUGUACGCAAGUUUGGUAUCGCAAACGAACUAAUCGAUCCCAACUGAGAGUCUUGAAAAUACCCCCAACCCUGCGCCAUACGAAUACAACCAACAAGGGCUUUCGAUUGAUUUACAGGUCGAUGGUUACGGGUGCCCAUAUAUUGGCGUGUCUUCUCUCUUUUUUUAUCCCAAAAAAAGGAAAAAAAAAAAAGUCACAUAUCAGAAUUUCUCCUCCGUCUCCCUCGCCUCGGUCGGGGCCGCGUAGAAAAGAGCCAGCCUCGGUUCGGCUGCCCGAUUAUUUUUAGUAGUUUGCGCGUUAGUCGUUCCUCCCUUCUCUCCCUCUCGAGAGAGAGCCCCCCCGGCUCGGUCUUGGAUCGUCGACGUCGUCUUCGCAGCGGGUCCUCCCCUCUCGAAAAUUCCCCCGUCGACGAAUUAGCGGCGGUAGAAGCACCCGCGCGAGCACUCAGUGGCCCACGGGCGAUCGACGACUCCCAAUCUGCCCGAUGACCGCUCGCCACUCUACAACAUAUAACCCAUCUUUAAUUGUUAUUGUUUUCGCUCCUCCUCCUCCUCCUCCUUCUCCUCUCGUGUGUGUAUAGUUUUCAACGUUGUUGGAAGGUCAAGGUAAUACUUGUCGUGCUCUGUUCUACUCACUUUUGUUUUCGACGCGAGUGCGGCGACCCGUCAAUGAGUCGCCGUGGAUCAACAAAGGGCCACCAGUACUAACUAAUCGGUACCAUGAAAAUGCGCAAGGACGAGUUCAAAAUAAACUAAAAGCCCGGUUGAACGAAUAAAUAACACAUCGAGUGCAAUAUCAUCAAGCGACGACGACUCGUCCCUUUCACUCGUUACUCAUUUACUCUGAAAAGUGCGCGCUGACUACGAGGUAAACACAACGGCCGUACAUUAUCAUCGAGUUGUGUGGUGUAACGCUAUACCAGGGCCAUCAUCUGCCGGGGUGCGCAUCGAUACGUUACCGUUGGUUGUUGCACUACGCGCUGCCCUGUCUAUUUUCGAUAGGCGACGCGCGUCUCUCUCGCUUUGGGAUCUGAGAUAAAGAAUCAGUGGUGGUGCGAUGACAAGCGCUGCCUGAAGUUUCACCCGAGGAAGUUGAACCGUGAGGUUACACUCCCGAUCAUCCGUUAGUCUCCCGUAAAAACAGCAGGAUGUUUAUCUUCGCGUCUGGCUCGUCGAGGGACCCCGGCGUGCAACCCCCAAAGCCGUCGACGAGUAGCGCCACGGGGCCGUCUUCGCGGCGCAGCACCAACAACCGAUACACCCGGUCCUCGACGACCAGCGUGACCCAACUGUUGAGCGACUCGUGCUCGAGUCUGCUCCAGAGGCUGACCAACCGAGUACGGGGUCCCUCGACGGUCAACGACCGGGGCACCCUGCUCACCAGUGCCACUGGUGUCAGCGUUCUUCGGCCCAUCGGCCCGUCCGCCUCCUCCGCUUCGGUGCUCAAAUCGCCGGUGUCGACCCGACCCCGUCACACCACCGCCCCCAGUGGCCCGGGCAACCCUCACAGGCGCCCCAACGGUCAUCGUGAGAGCGACGUGGGUGCCGCCAGCGCGAGGAGCAGGCUCGAGGAUAAGUACUCGUCGGUCCUCGAGAGGAAGCCGAGUUUCCUGGGCCUGGCCGGCGGUAGAGGCCAAGCGAGGCACAGGGAGCCUAGUCCCUUCGUCAGGGAGGACAGGACCCUCGAGCCCUCGGUCAGGCGAAGCGUCAUCAAGAGCCCGAGCAGCGGCUCGACGAUACUGUUGACCGAAAAGGCGUAUCCGUACGUGAACCCGGUGGUGAGGAGGGACAAGACGCCCAGUGGACACGAGAGGAGGGCCCAGAGGCCCAGGAGAAACGCCGAGGGCAGGGCCAGCGGCCAGUGCAACAGCCACAGUGGCAGUAGGCUGAACUUGAGCAGCAACCACGACGAUCCUUACGCGUCGACGACGUCGCUCCAGAGCCCGGUCGAGUCGUACCGGCGUUACGGGAGACACAAGUCUGGCCACGUGGAGAGCAGGACGCGCAAGGUCCAGCCCCAAGCUCGGUAUGGCAAGAGCGAGCAACCCGAGGCCAGCAGAUCCCUCGUCUCGGCUGAUCCCGAAAAAACGCCCGUCAUCGAGGAGGAGACCGCCAAGCCCGACUCUUGUGCCCCGUUGCCGCAAGCUGUCGUGGACGACGACCCGGCCAUCGUGGAGCGCGAGGCCAAGCGCAAGGAGAUCCAGAGCUUGAUCAUGAAGUACGCGGAUCUGGACGACAUCUACGGGAAAUCGGCGGCCGAUGCCAUUGCCAGCAAGUACCACAAAAAGGCCAAGGACUCGGGUGCUUUAAGCAACAACAAUGUGGUAACGACGAAAACGACGGCUACCGCCACUGCGGACGACCGUAAGAAUAACAAUAACGAGACGCUCGUCGAGGAUGACGAGGUCGACGAGGACGACUUUGUCGUUGUGUCCGACAGCAGCCGGCCGACGAGCAAAAAGUUCGACAAAAGGGCGCCGAUCAGCCCACGAGCGCCCUCCGUCGAGGACGACGAUGACGGCCACCUCAUUUACCAAUCUGGCGACGUCCUGACGAAUAGAUAUAAAAUACUGGCCACCCUAGGAGAGGGUACUUUUGGAAAGGUUGUCAAGGUUAAAGACUUGCUAAUGGAUCACAUUAUGGCAUUAAAGAUAAUAAAAAACGUAGAAAAGUACAGAGAAGCUGCCCGGUUGGAGAUCAACGCUUUAGAGAAAAUUGCAGGAAAGGAUCCCGAGGGCAAAAACUUAUGCGUCAAGAUGCUCGAUUGGUUCAACUACCACGGACACAUGUGCAUCGCUUUUGAAAUGCUUGGUCUCAGUGUUUUCGAUUUUUUGAGGGACAAUAAUUUUCAACCCUACCCAAUCGAACAUGUGAGACACAUUGGAUAUCAGCUAUGCUACGCCGUGAAAUUCCUGCACGACAAUAAGCUGACCCAUACAGACUUGAAACCUGAAAAUAUACUAUUCGUCGAUUCUGAAUACGAUACUGUUUACAAUAGCAAAAAACGAAAAGAAGUUAGAAAAGUUAAGAGAACAGACAUCAGACUCAUUGAUUUUGGUAGCGCAACGUUUGACAACGAGCACCACAGUACUAUCGUCAGCACAAGGCAUUACAGAGCACCUGAAGUUAUAUUAGAACUCGGAUGGGCACAGCCUUGUGACGUCUGGUCGAUCGGAUGCAUUCUUUUUGAACUGUACCUGGGAAUAACUCUAUUCCAAACGCACGACAAUCGCGAGCACCUUGUAAUGAUGGAGCGUAUUCUCGGCACCAUACCACACAGAAUGGCUCGUAAAAGCAAAACCAAAUACUUUUACCAUGGCAUACUCGACUGGGGCUCGGCUGGAAGAUACGUUCGUGAUAAUUGCAAGCCUUUGCACAGAUAUCAACAGUCAGAGGACGAGGAGCACAAGCAGCUCUUCGACCUGAUCCAGCGAAUGUUAGAGUACGAGCCUUCAACCCGCAUUACGUUAAAAGAAGCGCUAUCACAUCCUUUCUUCGACGCGCUGCCAGCACAUCAGCGAUUUGCCGAUCCAAGGGCGGCUGGAGAUUCUCAGCAGUCACAUGAGCGCUCGCACUCGUUGUCGCGAUGAAGCUAGAUGAGGGACCGCACCACUGAUAACAUUAUCAUCAACGUGCCGUCAACUUUGACUCUGUGGCGUGACGACGUCACAUUAUUCUCGACUUUAUUCACGAUUAGAUAAAAGAUUCAUCCGUACCUUGAGUCUAUUUGUUGUUAAGAAUAACGAGAUGACUCAUGUUGUGAAGUCUGUGACUACGUUUUUUCUUCUGCUUUGUGAUACACUCAAUCUACUCUCUUUAUUCUGUGUAUGAAGGAAAAAAAUCUUUGUUAUCGCUAAUAAGUUUGCAGUAUCGGUCCUGCUGAUGAAAAAAAAAAAAUCAAGAAAAUCAUCUCGUAUUUAUAUUUAAGGACAUCUUUUACGUUAUUUUUGGCAAAGUCUCUACUUUUGGAGUACACAUGCAUAUUUCGAGAAAAUCUUCUGUUCAUGUAAAAUAAGAUGACACUAAAAAUUUUCUCGUAUCAUUUUAAUUUUUUGCAAGGCAAAUAUAUCAUUAGGAUUUUAAUUGUGACAAAAGAAAUUUUUCAUACCAUUGUAGACUCUCGUGAUUUGAAAUUUGUAAGAGUCAAGAGUUCGUGAAGGCAGCUUAAGUGCGCGUCCCUCGAAAUACUGCGUUUUUUUUUUUUUUUUUGUUUUUUUUCUCAAGAAUCUUCUGUACAUUUAAAUUUCUUAUUUUUCUUAACAUUAGGUAUGCCUGGUAUGAAAUAACACAACAUCGAAAAAAAGUGAAAUCAAUAUUGAAAAGAAAAGAAAAAUAAACCUGUACACAUGUGUAUUUGUGAUUGAUUGUUGUAAGGAUUGAAUGACCCAAGAAUCGAUGAUUAGUAUAAGUCUGUUUAUGUUUCAGAUAAGCUUAAAUUAAGAUACUUGCAGGGGUAGGAUAAAUUUAGCGAAAUAAUUGUUGCAUUAAUUGAACGUGGAGAACAAGUGAAAAUAUUUUACUUAAACCUUUUUCUCAACUUCAUCUUGUUCUCUCUAGCCAUGUGAAGAUGAAGCCAGAUGUGUAAAUAAGUAAAUUAUGUUGAAAACUCUAAA